AUGGAGGCCGUGACCAAGGCCAUGGAGACGAUGAUCGGAGACGCCAUGCCCGAGCGUUUUGGUCUGGUCCUUGAUGGGUGGACCCACGGCACGGAGCACUACAUGGCAGUGUAUGGCUUAAACAAGCGGCUGGCGAACCUACUCGGUGUGCCGCUAAUCGGCUGUGCCAGCCACCGCCUGAACUUGGCGGUGCGAAACUACUUGGAGCCCCAAGACAGCAUCCUCGAAGAGGUCCAGCAGCUUAUGCGUAAGUUGCGGACUUUAAAACAAGCAGCCAAGUUGCGUGCCAAGACCCCAUUGGCCGCUGUCCUCAGACAGGACACGCACUGGUCGUCGACCUUUUCAAUGCUCAAGCGCUAUUUUCGGCUCCGUCCGUUCAUUUCGGCGGACGACGAGGAGCUCGCGGACUUCCUUCCGUCACGCUCAACCCACCCCAAGCUGGAGACUUUGCUGGCAAGCCUCCGGGACGUCGAGUCCGUGUCCAAGCACCUGCAGGGCGACGGCCUUACGCUGCUGGACGCUCGUGUCCUAUUCGACGAGCUCCUCAAGAGCCACCCCUCGUUCGCGAAGUAUCUCGUCCACUCCGCCGUCUUCGAGCAGGCGGUCGUCAAGGUGCUGGACGACCAGGCGGCCCUGCUGACGGACGACGAAGUCGCUGCGCUGGAGCCGUUCAAGCGCACGCAGACUCAUGUGGAAGGCGUGGACUGCACGCCGGCGGACAAGGAAGGGUUCGCUGUGCUUGCGCUCAAGCGACGCAAGGUAGCUGCUGCGCCGGCCACGUACGAGCAGCUUAAUGCGAUUCCUCCUACCUCAAACAUGGUUGAGAGGCUCUUCAGCAUUGCGCGCGCUAUGCUGCGCCAUGAGCGCCACCGCCUCUCCCCCAUGAUGCUAGAGAUGAUAUUAUUCCUCAAGAUCAACAGCUCGUACUGGGAUGUUGCGACCGUGGAGCAGUGCCUGUAA